UGGGCCCGGCAGCAGGGCAGAGGCUGUCUGAGGCGGGGAGCAGCUGCUUUCGGGGCGGGGGUGGGGGGGUGUCACGUGAGGCUUCUCGCCGCUGAGGGAAGAGGCGAAAAGCUGCGGUGGAGGAGAGUCGGGUUUAACCGUCCACGGGAAGCGCGCUUGUUCAGGAUCGCGGAGUGGGCUGAGUGAAUUCCUAAGAAGAAAAUAAUGGAUUGUAUAUUAGUUGUUCUCUGAGUGUUUGGACUCAACAGUGUGCAAGCUUGUUCAAAAGCCAAAAGAAGAUGGCAACUCCUUAUGUCCCAGUUCCUAUGCCCAUAGGAAACACUGCUUCCAGUUUUACAAACAGCAGAAAUCAAAGAAGUUCUUCUUUUGGCAGUGUCUCAACAAGCUCAAACUCUUCUAAAGGCCAGUUAGAAGACUCAAAUAUGGGUAAUUUUAAACAGACAAGUGUUCCUGAUCAAAUGGAAAAUACUUCAUCUGUCUGUAGCAGUCCCCUCAUUAGGACUAAAUUUACAGGUGCAGCUUCUUCCAUUGAGUAUUCUGCUAGAGGAAGAGAAACUGAAGAACAAAAUCCUGAAACCGUGAAUUGGGAAGAUAGACCUUCUACACCUACUAUACUGGGUUAUGAAGUGAUGGAAGAAAGAGCUAAAUUUACUGUGUAUAAAAUACUAGUAAAGAAAACCGCAGAAGAAAGCUGGGUAGUUUUCAGAAGAUACACUGACUUCUCCAGGCUUAAUGACAAAUUAAAAGAGAUGUUUCCAGGUUUUCGACUAGCACUUCCUCCAAAACGCUGGUUUAAAGAUAAUUACAAUGCCGACUUUUUAGAAGAUAGACAAUUAGGAUUGCAAGCUUUUCUUCAAAAUUUAGUAGCUCACAAGGACAUUGCUAACUGCCUUGCAGUGAGAGAAUUUCUUUGUUUGGAUGAUCCACCGGGUCCAUUUGAUAGCCUAGAAGAAAGCAGGGCAUUUUGUGAAACUUUAGAAGAGACUAACUACCGCUUACAAAAAGAACUACUUGAAAAACAAAAGGAGAUGGAAUCACUAAAGAAACUGCUUAAUGAGAAGCAACUUCAUAUAGACACUUUAGAGAAAAGAUUCAGAACAAUGUCUUUAGAACCUAAAGAAUCACUGGACGUGUCAGAAACAGAAGGUGAACAGAUCCUAAAGGUGGAGUCCUCUGCACUUGAGGUUGAUCAGGAUGUCCUGGAAGAAGAAUCUAGAGCUGAUAAUAAACCAUGCUUAAGUUUUAGUGAACCUGAGUAUGCUGUAUCAGAGAUAGAAGUAGCAGAAGUGGCGUAUGAUGCUGAAGAAGACUAAUACACCACAAGCAGUCCCCUCCAUUUAGACGAUUCAGCAAAUUUAGAAGAGUGGCAAAUACUAUCUUAAAAGAAAAAAAGAACUGUAAAAUAUACAGAAAAAGCAAGAAUGCACAUGUAUGAAGUUUAUGUAAAGAAGUUUUUUUAAGUUAUUGGGAUAGGAAAUGUAUUCACUGCUGCUUUAUAAUUGUGUUUUAUCCAAUUAUAUUUAAUACACUAAAAAAAAUCUUGUUAGAAUUCUGUUAUCAAGGCCCACAUUCUUAAAUACUGUGCAUAAAUUAUUAUGGCGUUUUGCCUAUAUGUUGCUCCAAACUGCUGUGUAUAUAUAUAUAUAUAUGUAUGUGUUAAAUCACCAAUUAUAUUAAUCAAAUGGAAAUUAAUUGCUUGUUACUAUCUGGGUGAUAGAUACUUCUUUAUAUCUCUGACAUGACAUAUUUUGAUUAAUGGUUUAAAUCAGUGACCAUCAUAGUAAAGAUAGAAUUUAGUUGAGUUUCUAGUGUUUACAUGUUUACCAUCUGUAAAUAAAAUUUGCUUAUGUGAAAUGUUAAUGCUAAGGGGAAAAAAAUUACUAUCUAGCACCAAAGGAAAACUACUUGAAAGGGCUGCGGUCAUAUAGCUAAAGUGAUAAACUAGCCUUGAUUUUAAAAGCUGAUUCAUUAAUAUCAGAAUACUUUAAUAAGUGUAAUGGUUAUUAAUAUGUUAUAUUUGUUUAGUUUCCACAUAAUCUUUACAUCUACCUAGAUUUAGUGAGUUUGCCUCUUUCAGAAUACUACCUCUUUUUGUUAAUCAAGGCAUAUUCUUUUGAAAAUAUAGAGUCUAAAUAAAUAGGGUCUUAUACAAAAAAGAAAACAAAAUAAAAAGCCAUAUAUACUGCAAAGUUCCUAACUGGCUUGACUCCUGGCAUUGCAUUUUUAUUUCUAUAUAUGUGAAGAUGUUAUUAUACUGUAUUAUGGCUGAUUUUCUUUUUAACGUAUUUAGCCAAGUGAUGCACUUUAUGAUAAUUAAACUCUUUUGUGCCAAGUUUCAUUGGUGGAUUUCUUUAGUAAGUAGAGUUAGGAGAAAGAAUUAUGUAGUGCCUUUACUAUUUCACUUUCUACAAAAGUCUCCUAGGGUCUGUGAGUCAGCUUUAUGAAAAAAUGUUUAUUUCAGGUUUAUGUACAGUAAUUGAAAGUGCCUUGUUUCAUUUUUAUAGUGUGAAGUUACUCAUUUAUUUUCUGUUUUCACUAUUUUGCAUAUUGCUGUUAAUACGCAUUGUAAUAAUGCUGGCAUUUUGCAAUCCCAGUCGGUAUGCUUUCUAAAAACUGAGGGAAACUUACUGGGGAAAUAGAAUAACAAUCUCCAUUUUUUUUUUAACUAUCUAAAAGUUUAUCAGUAUCUUGAUGUACAUAUUAAGAUGUGGCUGUUUAAAACUCUACUGACAUAUAUCAACACAUCCAAUGGCUGUUGUUAACCUUUGAAGUAAAAAGGAAACUACUUUUUUACCAAAUAACCAAAAAUUUUUAAAGUCUUUGUCAGAGUGCACAGGUAUGCUCUGAGAACAUUUUCCAAAAAGUGUAUUAGAAAUAUGUUUACUUAGAGACAGAUAUGAAUAUAACAAAUUGAUCUGCUUAUUAAAAUUAUUCUAGACUUGCAAAAGGCUUAAAAAGAACAAUCAUUUAGUCAGUACAAUUUUGAAUCUUAUAUAACAGAUCUUUGCCAAAUUCUAGAUAUUGUAGUAUUGCCUGUCUGCUCUAAAGUAAACCACCCACUUUUUCAAUCUGGCUUUUCAGAAGAUUGUAUGUAAAGCUUUGCAAGAGUGAAGAAAAAAAAAAUCUGUUAAUUAGGUAAACCACUAUUAUUUAUAUUUAUAAUUUACCUUUUUUUACUUUUAUAAUGCAUUUCACUCCCGGUAUUAUGUUCAUUUAAUAAAUUAUUUUUUCA